AUGGUGUUUGCUAUCAACGAAAUCAAUGAAAAUCCCGAAUUUCUUCCAAACCUUACUGUGGGAUUUCGCAUAUAUGACUCCUGCUUCAAUGAAUUUCAGGCUGUAGAAGGAACUCUACAGAUUCUGUCAGGAGCAGAUAGGGCAAUCCCUAAUUACAUAUGUGAAAGUAAGGUGGUUGGUUUCAUAGGAGAUCUUCAGUCCCUUUCCUCUGUAGCGGUUGCAAGAAUUUUGGGGCUGUAUCGAAUACCUCAGAUAAGUUUUGGGUCAGCAUUAUUUGACCUAAGCAAUAAAGUUAAUUUUCCUUCUUUUCUGCGCACUAUAUUGAGCGAUAAUCUGCAGCCCAUUUAUUUCAGCAUCCUGAUGAUCCAUUUUAAUUGGACCUGGAUAGGCAUUGUGGCUGCUGAUAAUGAUUUUGGGCUCUAUGACAGUGAGCUCCUGAGAAAAGACAUUGAAGCAUCAGGGAUUUGUGUGGCCUUUUUUGUCCGGAUAUCUGCCCAACACACCAGAGAUCAGUCUCUUUCUGUUCUCCAUGUCAUCAGAAAAUCCUCAGCCACAGUUGUGUUACUGUACUGUUCUUUGCCAGAAUUAAUACCCUUUAUGCAAGUAGCAACUGAAGAAACCCUAACAGGCAAGGUCUGGAUAGCUAGUGGCAGCGUAAUGUCUUCUCCCAUAUUUACCUACAAACAGUUUUGGAGAAUAUUAAAUGGUACCAUUGGGUUGAAUCUCCCUGUCACAUUAAUACCUGGAUUUGAAAAGUUCAUGUAUACUAUUAACCCAUCCUUGUACCCAAAGGAUAUUUAUAUGAAAGCAUUUUGGGAAGCAAAUUUUGGUUGUUUAUGGAAUGAACAAAAUUACAGUAUCACCGAAAAUCCAGGCAAUGGAAUAAUGCUUUAUUGUACGGGGCAAGAAGAUCUGAAAUCCUUAGAAAGACAAGGGUAUCAUGAGGACAUAACGCCAUUUGCUGUUCUUGCUUAUAAUGCUGUUUAUUCUCUUGCUCAUGGCAUCAACAACAUGAUUUCCUGCAGAUCUGGAUCACCAUGUUUAAGUAUAAGAACACUGGAACCCUGGAAGGUUUUGCACUACGUAAAACAUGUAAAGGCCAAAACUACCGCGGGCCAGGAGCUGUCAUUUGAUGCAAAUGGGGAUCAGUUGUAUGACACUGUCCUGUAUGUGAACUGGCAAGCUCUUCCCAAUGAUGUAACAAGAGGUCUUCAUUUCGCAAUAGUGGGGGCAUACCCUGAGCGAUAUAUUUCUACAUUUAACAACACAUUCAUUUGGAGUGGAGGUUACACAGAGGUUCCAACAUCCAUAUGCAGUGAGAGCUGCCCCCCAGGAUACAGAAAGGCCCCACAGAAGGGACAGCCAGUCUGCUGCUUCGACUGUAUCUUGUGCUCAGAAGAUGAGUUCAGCAAUGAAACAGAUUCCACAAGCUGUACAAAAUGCCCUGAAGACAUGUGGGCAAAUGAGGAACACAACGCCUGCGGGAUGAGGACCUUGGAGCUUCUGACAUAUAAUGAAGCCUUAGGGGGCACAUUGGCUACAUUAUCAGUUAUGGGGUUUUUGGUUCCUCUCACAAUUCUGACAAUAUUCAUAAAAAAUUCUGAGACUCCAGUUGUCAAGGCAAAUAAUCGGAAUCUCAGUUACCUCCUCCUCCUUUCCCUGUGUUUCUGCUAUCUCUGUGCUUUAAUGUUCAUUGGGCGUCCCAUUACUAUAACCUGUAUUCUCAGGCAAUUUAUAUUUGGGAUCAGUUUUGUGAUGUGCAUUUCAUGUGUGUUGGGAAAGACAAUGAUGGUGGUGAUCGCCUUCAACCUCACCCAGCCAAGGAGCAGCAGGAGAAUGUGGUUGAAUUCUCGAGUAACGAACACCCUGGUGCUUGUGUGCACAGCUAUACAAGUGAUUAUAUGUGCUGGGUGGCUUGCACACUCUCCCCCUUUUCAAUACACUGACAAUAAAUCCAAGGCAGGCACCAUUAUUGUGGAAUGUAACAAGGGAUCACCUGUAGCUUAUUCAUGCACAAUGGGAUAUAUGGGGUUUUUAGCUUCUUUGUGUUUUGCCAUAGCUUAUUUGUCAAGAAAGUUGCCGGGCAGUUUCAAUGAGGCCAAACUGAUCACCUUUAGUAUGCUGAUAUUUGGAGCUGUUUGGAUCUCCUUCAUCCCAGCCUACCUCAGCACCACAGGGAAGUACAUGGUGGCAGUGGAAGCGUUUGCCAUUUUGUCUUCAAGUAGCGGAUUAUUGGCAUGUAUAUUUUUACCCAAAGUCUACAUCAUUAUUUUAAAACCAGAA